GCGGCGGCGGCCGCCGCGUCCCACCCGCAACUUUCCCUCCGCCGUGGAUGGCUUUCGUCGGAGACCUGCAGGGCAGCCGGGCGCUCGACACCUGUCCCCCAUGGGCCGCCCCCGCGCCUAAGUUUGCCGGCGGCCGGCUCCCCUCCGCCGCCGCCGCCGCAGGGCGGGCUUGAAGCCGCGGCGGGGGCCGCGGUGCCCCAUGGCCGGCCGCCCCGCCGCGCCGAGGUGUCCGUGCGCGCCGCCCCGUCCCGCCCGCCGGGGAGCCGCCGCGCCCGCCGGAGCGCCGCAGCGGGGGCGCUGAGGGAGGCAGCCCCCGGCACACCGCCACCGGCUCGGCGCCAGCCGCCGUUGCCCGCCGGGUCGCUGGCGGCGGCGGCGGCGGCGGCGGGGGCGGCGGCGGGGCCGCGGGAUCCGUCCGCGCUCGCUGCCCCCGUGUAGUUCCCGAGUCGUGUGUCCUCGGCGGCGGCCCGCGGGUGACAUGCAGUCCCUCAUCUCUCCGGUGACCAAGGCUAUCCUGGUGGCUUUGUUCAUCUUCGCCAUCCUGCUGAUCCUCUACGUGAUUCUGUGGUACAUCUGCCGCGAUGUGGAUUGCGACCAUGGGAUCUGAGCGGCGCCGCGGGGCCAGGGCUUAGGAGCCGGGAUUCACCCCGCGGGGCCGGCAGCGGCAGCGGGAGCCCCGCCGGGCGGCAGCCGCCGCCACCGCGGCCGGAGCAGGGGAAGGGGAAGGAAAAAAAAGAAGAAAAAAAAAAAAAAAAAGAGAGAGAGAAGAGCCGAGCCGAAAGAGCCCGGAGGACAACUGCAAUCAAGAAACCAACCUGAGCUUGACCUUCAGAGACCAGGGUGACCCGGUACUCAUUAAUGAGUGAAGGAUCAAAAGGUGGGACGGUGGCCAAGAAGCAAUGGAGAAUAAAAGUUUAGAAGGUUCCCCAUCAGACCUAAAGUUAGUGGCUCACCCGCGAGCAAAGAGUAAAGUGUGGAAGUACUUUGGGUUUGAUACCAAUGCAGAAGGAUGCAUAUUACAGUGGAAGAAGAUCUACUGCCGUAUUUGCAUGGCACAGAUUGCCUAUUCAGGAAACACGUCCAACCUUUCCUACCACCUUGAGAAAAAUCACCCUGAUGAAUUCUGCGAAUUUGUGAAAAGUAACACUGAGCAAAUGAGGGAAGCCUUUGCCACCGCCUUUUCAAAAAUCAAGCCGGAGUCGUCGCAGCAGGUUGUUCAAGAUAGCCUCAUCAUGAAGACCUACCAGAACUACGAAAACAAAAAGCAUCAGGAACUGACGUCUGCAGUCAUCAGCUUAAUUUGCGAGGGCAUGUAUCCGGCCUCUAUCGUGGAUGAACCCACCUUCAAGGCCCUCUUGAGAACUGCGGACCCCAGGUAUGAACUUCCGAGCCGGAAAUACUUCUGUACAAAAGCUAUUCCUGAAAAGUACAAUGCCAUUAGAGAAAUAGUGCUGAAAGAGCUCACCGAGGUCCUGUGGUGUGGCAUCUCCACGGACAUGUGGAGGAGCGAAAACCAGAACAGGUCGUACGUAACCGUCGCAGUUCACUUUCUCAGCAGCAGUCCUGCCAACUGCCUGGCUGUGAACUCGCGGUGUUUAAAAACGUUUGAAGUACCGGAGGAUAAUACUGCAGAGACUAUUACGCGAGUCCUUUAUGAAACGUUCAUUGAGUGGGGGAUCAAUACAAAAGUCUUUGGUGCUACAACAGAUUACAGUAAAGACAUUGUGAAAGCUUGCUCUCUCCUAGAUAUUCCCGUACAGAUGCCUUGUUUGGGGCACACUUUUAACGCAGGAAUACAACAAGCUUUUCAGCUCCCCAAACUCUGCAGCCUUCUUGCCAGGUGCCGAAAACUGGUGGAGUAUUUUCAGCAGUCUACGGUCGCGAUGUACAUGCUGAGCGAGAAGCAGAAGCAGCAGAACAUUCUCCACUGCAUGCUGGUGAGCGACCGUGUUUCCUGGUGGGGAAGCACGCUUGCCAUGCUGCAGCGCCUCAAGGAGCAGCAGUUUGUCAUUGCGGCUGUUCUUGUGGAGGACAGCAACAACCACCACCUCAUGCUGGAAGCCAGCGAGUGGAAUACAAUCGAAGGGCUGGUGGAGCUGCUGCAGCCUUUCAAGCAGGUUGCGGAGAUGAUGUCUGCUUCAAAGUACCCGACGAUAAGUAUGGUGAAGCCUCUUCUCCAUAUGCUUCUGAAUACUACGCUGAACAUCAAAGAGAAUGAUUUGAAAGAAAUCAGCAUGGCAAAGGAGGUGAUUGCUAAAGAGUUGUCAACCACCUACCAGCACACGCCUGAGAUAGACAUGUUUCUCAACGUUGCAACUUUCUUGGAUCCGCGCUACAAAAAACUGCCUUUUCUUUCAGCCUUUGAGCGGCAGCAGGUUGAAAACAGAGUGGUGGAAGAAGCAAAAAGCCUGCUGGAGAAAGUGAAAGAAAAUACCUUUAGGACUGAAGAGAAAUUCUUCACUGUUUCGGAAGAGCCCCCUGUGAAAAAAAUCAUCAUCUCCUCUACUCCUCCUCCUACCAGUGUCAUCAACAACAUGCUCGCAGAGAUCUUUUGCCAGACGGGAGGCGUGGAAGACCAGGAGGAAUGGCACGCUCAGAUCGUUGAGGAGUUGAGCAACUUCAAGUCACAAAAGGUCCUCGGUUUGAACGAAGACCCGCUGAAGUGGUGGUCUGACAGACUAGCGCUGUUUCCAGUUUUACCAAAGGUUCUUCAAAAAUACUGGUGUAUUCUGGCCACAAGGGUCUUCCCUGAACGCCUUUUUGGUUCUUCUGCUAACGUUGUAAGUGCAAAGAGAAACCGGUUAGCCCCGGCUCACGUGGAUGAGCAGAUCUUUUUGUACGAAAACAGUCGGAACGGGUCCGAGGCAGAACCGGAGGAUGAAGAUGAAGGAGAGUGGGGUUUGGAACAGGAACAGAUUUUUAAUUUAAAUGACUCGGUAAAUGUAAACAACAAUUUCUUUAAUAUCCGAGACAGUGGGUUUGUUUAACAGGACUGCUGCGGUACAUUUAAUAACAAAGAAAAAAGGUAUUUGUCUUAAUUUACCAAAAAUACUUCUGUUUUAUGCUACGAAUGCUGUAAAUAUUGAACAGUUGUAACAAACUUGAUUUAGCUUCCAUUGUCUAUGUUUCUCCCACUGUCUUAAAACAUGAAUGACUUGUGAUUAAACAGCACUGAAAUGAAUGAGGAAAUAAAUUCUGCAAAGACCGUGAUUUCUGACUGUGGCCCAGAUUGCAGAAAGCGCUUAUCCAUGUGCCUCCUUUCCACUUGCUUCAGUGGGAGACAAACACAUGCUUAUGUGCUUUCUAUCAUAAAAAUAUUUUCCUGAAUUAGGAACCUAAGCAAGGGAGUUUUUAAGGUUUAUGCCUCUGUUUGUAAAUCCUGUGUGACUCAGGAUGUUAGCUUUAAAUUUUGGAUUUUAAAACAUUUUUAAAAUCCAUAAAUCUGAGCAGUGAAUAUUUUUAGAGUAUAUCGAUGCUAUGGAAUGAAAAAAGAUCUUGAGCCUGAUUUUCUUUUUCACUACCUCAUGUCUUAGGCCUGGUCUAUGCUAGAAAAGUUCAGCUGGUAUAAUUCUGUCAAUUAGGGGACUGAUGUAUUAUUAUUUUAACUGAUACUGUGCUGGCAUAGGCCAUAGUGUGGAUGCACUUAUACUGGGAUAAGUUAUUUUCCUUUCCAGUGCGGUGUAAAUGGUAUAAACACUUCUAAACUGGUAUUGCUGUGUCCACAUUAGUCUGGUUUUACCAUUUAACUGCAGCAGCUAAAUGGCAAAACUUUUUUUUUUUUUUUUUUGUGUCUAGGCAAGCCCUGAUUGUAGUCUCUUGUGCUUUUACAAAGGGUAACGAAGUGUGUGGGGUCGAGGCGGCGUUGUGUUACCUUCGCUUUGUGCCAACUUUAUGGCUGAUGCCCCGUGGCGCGAAGCAAGCAAGGCAUGAGGCCCCUCGGCGGCAGAGGGAGGGAGGGAGGGAAGGAGGGAGGGACGGAGAGGGCGGGGAGACAUGUACGGGCCGCGGGUCUAACACUCUGUCUAUGUUAUAAAAUCCUUAACCUCUUAAUUUAAAUGGGGACUUCGCCCAGGGUAGCUAGAAAAUUUUGUUGGCAAGAAAAGCAAAAUAAAAAGCUUUAAUAUUAUGUAAAUAUAUUUAAAAGAAGGGGACCCCUCCAUUUCCCCACAUGUAUUUAGUGAGUCUUUAAGAUUGUUUCUUAUUACGUUAGCACUUAAUAACUCUUUUUUUUUUUUCUCCUGUCUCUUUUUUGAUUCAGUUUGUAGAGUGGACUUUAGUCCCGUCCAGUCUAAUGUUUGAGUACUGUUUCUGAUUAGUUGUUGUGUAUUGUAAUUGCUCCCUUUGUGUCUCUAUGCCUAAGCGUUUUAAGCCCUUUGGAGAACUUGGCAAACAAGAAAAAAAGAAAGAAAAAACCAACCCCAAACCCUGAAAUACUGCAGGUCAUAAACAAGAUUAGAGUUCAUGCUUGGCACAGAGUGGGAUGGCAGCCAGCAUUUUUCCUUGAGGUGCACAGGAGGAUUCUUGGCAUUGUCCAGUUACAGUCAAGGUUUGCUUGGGGUUUUAUUUUUGUUACUGGUGUCUUGCCCCCCACCUUGGCUUUAGUCUACGACUGUGUCAAGCACAAUCUUUCUGGAGAGGGGUCUGUUGAAGACUGGCCGUUACUGUUCUGGAGGAAGAAAGUUGGGUUUUUUCAUCACGGUGGUACCACAGAUGUUUGGUCAUAGAAAGGGCCCAGCCAGGAGGAACAUACAAAAAUGGGAAUUGCGAUGGAACUGAAUCUAUUGCCAAAUUGCUUGUUUAUGUUUUAGUUUAAUAGUUUUUGGAAGUUUGAGGCCUCUGAGUUCUUUGUAGGUGGCGGGAAGGGGUGGGUGGGGAGGAAGGACAGAGGUUAGAGUAAAGGAGCAGUGAAGUAAAUAGUAGUCAGCUACCUGGCACAUUUAAGCCCGGGAAAAAUGCAUUUAACAGGUGAUAUGGCCUGUGUUUGGCUGUCAGUAAGCCUGGGUUUUCACUCUCCAGCCCCCUGAACAUUAAUUUGCACUUGUACAAAGUACACGCACAGUGCAUCCUAUUGAAUGUUGCUACUCUCCACGUCCGCUGAAGAGUGUAUGUGACGGCCCAAGGUGCAAAACACAGGCUUGGCCUAAACUCCCGCAGGUAUGUAGGCUAUCUGUGAGGGUAGCAAAAUCAAAUUAUGGAAGGGAGUGAGAUACAGCAGGUCCCUUUUUGAUGUUACCUGAGCUCCUGUGACACCCCUGCAGUCUUCCAGGAAGACCUCUUGGUUUCGUUGAGCACCAGCUGGUGUCGGUUGUGUCCGCUUCCACCGCCUACGCCUGCUACCACCGCCGCUAGCCCUCGAGGAGCUGCGCAAAUGCUAGUGCGAGGCGUGCAGAUCCUCUCUUACACGAGCAUAAUUCACAGCCGUGCCCUCGCAACCAAGGCAGAGCCCAGAGCACCGCUGCCCAGGUCCGCAUUCAGCUUACCCCUCUUGGCAGCAUCCAUCUCCUGUUUCCAUCUUCAUCCUUCGGGGGCUAAACGUAUGCAGUGAUGCUUACAAGCAGUUCUACUGAGAUUGGUGCAAUGCACUACUCUCUUCCUUCCAGCUUCUUUUUAUUUUUUGGUAUCCAAAAUAAAACUGUAGUCGGUUCAAUUGAUGUGUCUCAGCGUUCUUCUAAAAAAAUGAGUAGAAAAAGAAAAAAAAAACACAAAUAACAAAGCCAUUGUUAGUCCUACCCAUUGUCUGUGAGAUUUUUAUUUAAUGUUCUAAGCCUGGAAUAUUGUUAAAUAAACCAGAAAAAUAAGUUAGUUACUAGAUUAUUUGUCUGAUGUGUGUUCAUAUCUGCAGCACUUUAUGACUUUGAGCUCUUCCGCAACAAGGGGAGGUUAUAUUCUAAGGUUUUGAAGCUAUGCAUUUACUUUCCUUUUGAUCCUGUAAGUUAUUAAAAAAAAAAUGCUGUACAAAUCUUUUGGAUUAAAAAAAAAUAUGAAGAUGAAAAAUGUCAGAAGUUUA